AUGGUCUCUGUUACGCACCUCCCGUCGACCCCGUCGUCGAUGUCAAAGCCCUCAAAAUCGAUUCUGAAGCCAUUCUCCUCUGUAGCUGGUCAGAAACGCAAGAAUCUUGAUCUUACCAUCCCAUCCGACUUCUCGUCGGGUUCGGCCUACUCCGACUGCAAUGCUAGUCCUACCACCGCCACCACGCCUGGCGGCUCCCCUGGCCCACGCAGGAAACGCGCUCGAGUCAAGUUCGAUAUCGCCAUGGACUUGCCUGGAAGCCCGGAAAAAGCCAAGGAUGUCGAGAGUGACGAGAAAGUUGCCGAGAGGGAGAAGGCAUUGACUAGAGAGGAGGUUAGACGCGCGAUUCAAAGACAUCUUAUAGGCGACAGCGAGGCGUAUGACCGUAUCAAGGAGAUGUUUUCGGCCGAUCCCAAGGUUUUGGAGGAUGAUGGUACUCCUGUUUUCGACGUGCCCACUCCUGUGUCGCUAAAGAACCAUCUUAUGGGUCUUUUGGGCAAUGUCUCCUCGCUAGAUGCCGCACGCGGAGGAUACCUGAAUUCGGUCCUUAGGAUGCUUGUUAACGGUCUCCUACAAGUGGACCCCCGCGCUGGAAAUUUGCCUGAUCACGAUCCAGUUGACAGCUCCGAAAUACACCAUCGAAUCCACUAUGCCAUCCGCUCGAUCGCCCAGGUUGUCCCCGCCUGCAGCGUCUCACUCUCUCCCAUCUUAUCCUCGAGCUUCCCCCAUGAUUCCGAUACGGUCAAGUGCCAUAUUACCUACACACGGAAUCUCAUAAGGAUUAUAUCCUAUCUCCCUGAACUUCGAUCAGACAUCCUAGCUCUCAUCACCGAGAAGUUGGUCAAGAUUGAUGCUCAAAACCAGGUAAACAUGGAGGAUUUAGAUGAAGAUACGCAACAGGACAUCAUGGAUGCCCUCAACUCCACGGAUACGGCGAUUCUCGAAAAGGAUGAGGAGGAUUCAGAUGACGAGUCUGAGAUGAGUGAUGAUGGCACUCUCGACCCAGACCUUCAACGCAUUAAGUCCGUAAAGGAGUGCAUGCUAAAGGUUGAUUCGAUGAUCGAUAUCCUCUUUGAGUACUACCACUAUCCGUUCAUCUCUGGUUCUCUCGAAGACCAAGAACAGGUCCUCGAUAUCCUCCUCGCACACUUUCAAACCAUCAUUCUACCUACGUACCGCUCCCGCCAUGCCCAGUUUGUUCUCUUCCAUUUUGCUCAGGCUUCCCCCAUUUUCGUCGACCGUUUCGCCACGACCUGCAUUGAGAUCAUCCUAAACAAGUCUCAUCCAGUCAUCAUACGUCAGUAUGCAGCUGCGUACCUUGCUAGCUUUGUCGCCCGCGGUGCACACGUUUCUGGCGAAGUAAUCCGUGAUGUCUUCAGCCUCCUUGGCUCACACAUUCUCAAUCUCCUAUCGUCAUACGAAGCAGACUGCCGCGGACCAGACCUCCGCCGCUAUGGCCCCUUCUACUCCACCGCCCAGGCCCUCUUUUACAUCUUCUGUUUCCGCUGGAAGGACCUCACAAUCGCUGCCAUUGAGGCCGAAGCUGAAGGCAACUCUCUCCCACAUCUCAAUGUCGACGAGGUUUCCUUUCACCAAGAGAUGACAAACACGCUCCACCGUUCCAUAUACUCAAAGCUCAACCCUCUCAAGGUCUGCUCACCUGGCAUUGUCGCCGAAUUCGCCAAAAUCACCCACUACUUUGGCCUUUUUUACCUCUACCCAAAACUCGAGAGCAAUAAGCGCAUUCGCAUACACAACCUCCGUGGCAUGUCUUCUAUGGCUAUGGAUCCUAUGUACGGAACCAUUGAACGUGAGACCCGUGCUGACGAUAAUCUCGCCGUCCAGCUUGAUGAUUACUUUCCAUUUGACCCCUAUAAGAUGCCUAGAGGCGCUAGGCGCUUACAUGGCGAUUACGUGGACUAUAAGGAUGUUAGAGUCGCGGGCCUGGAUGACCGCAGUCCAGAUGACGAAGAAGACGAUGAUACCGCGAGUGAAGACGAAGACAAAGAAGACGAGGAUAUCGACCGACAUACAGAAACAGAAGAGGAGUAA